UCUUCUGCUUUUUCUAUAAUACGCAAUUACUCGGCUUUCUCACUUUGGCUCUUCCCACUUCCCAAUCGCUACAAAACAUCCCAUUUUCGUUAUUAGCUUCACUGAGUCAACUCGGCCCUCCUCUGUUUCUUCUUCAACUUCAUAUACGAUUCUCUGCUUUACUCUCAGUUUCCUCUUUAAUUUUCAAGUUCUUGUAGAUCUCUGUUUUCCUCGUCCUGUUCUUAUUCAUUUUGGUUUGAAUUACUCGGCGUUGUUUGUUUCUGGGAAAUUUUGAAGUACAUUUUCGAAUUUGAUUUUCCUUAUGGGGGUUUUCAGAUAAUCAAUCUGUUGGGUGUUUUUUGAGGGGAAAAAUGAGUUCGAAGAGGAAGAAGAAGGGGGGGUCAGGGGACUCGGACGAGUCGACUCGGGGUGGUUCCAUUUUCCCAGAUGAGGUAUUGGAAAGGGUUCUGGGUUUGGUUAAGUCUCGAAAAGAUAGAAGCUCUGUUUCCCUGGUUUGUAAAGAUUGGUUCAACGCCGAGCGGUGGUCUCGAACCCACGUUUUCAUCGGGAACUGUUACUCUGUUUCACCGGAAAUUGUAAUCCGACGGUUCCCGAACAUUCGGAGUGUGUCGUUGAAGGGGAAACCUAGGUUUUCGGAUUUCAAUUUGGUGCCACCGAAUUGGGGAGCUGAUAUUCAUUCAUGGCUUGUCGUGUUCGCUUCAAAAUACCCGAAUCUUGAAGAGUUGAGGCUCAAAAGAAUGACUGUAACUGACGAGAGCUUGGAGUUUUUGGGUCGUUCGUUCCCUAAUUUCAAAGCGCUUUCAAUGAUGAGCUGCGAUGGGUUCAGCACCGAUGGGCUUGCGGCCAUUGCCACUCACUGCAAGAACUUGACGGAGCUGGACAUACUUGAGAAUGACAUCAAUGACAAGAGUGGAAAUUGGCUGAGUUGCUUCCCAGAUACCUUGAAAUCUCUGCAAGUACUCAACUUUGCAAGUUUGAACAGCGACGUCAGUUUUGAGUCCCUUGAGAAGCUGGUAAGAAGGUGCAAAUCAUUGAAGGUUUUGAAGGUCAAUAGGAAUAUAAACUUAGAACAAUUACAGAGGCUGCUUGUUAAUGCUCCUCAGUUAACAGAGUUAGGCACCGGCUCUUUCUCUCAAGAGCUCACUCUUCGGCAGUACUACGACCUCGAAGAUGCCUUUAAAAGUUGCAACAAUCUUCAUACUCUCUCGGGCUUAUUGGAGUCCACAGUGUUGUAUCUCCAAGUUCUUUUUCCUGCCUCUGCCAACUUAACAUUCUUGAAUCUCAGCUACGCCAUUCUGCACGGUGGUGAACUUGCUGGUCUUCUUUCCCACUGCCCCGCCCUCCGCCGCCUUUGGGUUUUAGACACAGUUGAAGACAAGGGCCUGAAGGCUGUUGGACUGAGCUGCCCCUUGCUAGAGGAACUGCGUGUAUUUCCAGCAGAUCCGUAUGCUGACAAUUUAGUUCAUGGGGUAACAGAGUCUGGGUUUCUUGCUGUCUCUUAUGGCUGCCCUAAACUCCAUUACGUUCUCUACUUUUGUCAUCAGAUGACAAACGAGGCUGUAGCCACCAUUGUGCAGAACUGCCCAGAUUUCACCCAUUUUCGUCUCUGUAUUAUGAACCCCCACCAACCUGACUAUCUUACAAAGCAACCAAUGGACGAGGCCUUUGGUGCGGUGGUGAAAACAUGCUCUAAGCUACGUAGACUAGCCAUUUCGGGUUUGCUAACAGACAUAACAUUUGAAUACAUAGGGAAAUAUGCAAAAAACUUGGAAACUCUUUCAGUGGCUUUUGCUGGAAGCAGCGACUGGGGAAUGCAGUGUGUUAUGAGUGGUUGUCCAAAGCUGAGAAAACUGGAAAUCAGAGACAGUCCAUUUGGAAAUGCUGCUUUGCUUUCUGGUUUGGAAAGGUAUGAAUCCAUGAGAUCUCUAUGGAUGUCGGCCUGUAAGGUGACGAUGAAUGGGUGUCGAAUUUUGGCGAAGCAGGUGCCGAGGUUGAACGUUGAGGUUAUUAAGGAUGGUGGGAGUGAUGAAUGUGAGGCUGAAAGUGUUUAUGUAUACCGCUCCGUUGCAGGCCCGAGAAGAGAUGCCCCGUCUUUCGUUCUCACCCUCUAAAUCCUUGUAAGUAUUAAGGAUCAUUUGGCUUUACAAAAAAUGAAGUUCAAACUCCGCAUCAGAUUAGCUUGAUUGUUGUUCUUGGGGAAUUAAUAUGUUCUAAUCUCAUAAAUCACAUCCAAUGAUGGUGUGACAGUUGAAA